AUGUAUGGCCUCCGGUUCUCAGGGGUGUUCUUCAGCAAGCGCUCCGUUCCAACAGCAAGCGAAAUCCUGUUCAGCGAGAACGAUAUCUUCCAUCUGAGCAAUUCAGAGAUGAACAUCAUGAAGUUCAGUGAGUUCCAGCAGCUAAUGCUCGAUGCGGGCGUUGUGGAUGUGACCCCACGAUCGCCGGGUCAAGACCCUCGCGCAACUCCUCUGGUGGCAUUCUUCGUGGAUGAGCGGAUCGUUGAGCUCAUCCUCCGCCACUGGUUUGCAGCCUAUGACUCGGAUGCAGAUGGGAUGCUUCAGCUGGAGGACUACGCUCGUUUGGUCGCCGACUACCAGCUCCCGCUCACGGCCUCUGAUGAGGUAUAUACGCGCGCCACACGUGACCACCAUGGGGGCCUGGACUUGCUUGACUUUCAAUCCCUUCUGGAGAAGUCAAGUGCCUUGGCCAUAGGCACAUCCAUUGAAAAGGAUGACGACAUGGGGAGGAUGUGGCGCGUGAUGGAGCCUUCCCAACAGUUUGUCCCACCAAGUCGAGUCUUCGUGGCAGACGGCCGUUGUGGCUCGUCACCACCGCUUCGUCAUGGGCAUCUACGAUUCGUGUGCCUGUCUGACACGCAUGGCCAACAUCGUGAAUUGUCUUCUCGGCUGCCUCCCGGCGAUGUCCUGCUGCAUGCAGGUGAUUUUUCGACGGAUGGAGGUUUGGAAGAGGUGCUAGACUUCGCUGCGUGGAUCCGAUCGCUGCCCUAUGCUCACAAGCUUCUGAUUGCCGGCAACCAUGAUUUGCCAAUGGAUGUUGGCUACCGGGGUGGCAAGGUCAAAGACAGGGCCAGCGACGUCCGUUCCGCUUUCCUGGCCUCGUUGGCAGAGGGCGAUGGCGUCACAUAUCUCGAAGAUGCUGAGAUUGAGAUAGGUGGAAUCCGAAUAUACGGGACGCCGUGGCAGCCCGAAUUCAUGGACUGGGCUUUCAACAUGCCUCGCAAUGAAAUUGGCGAGAAGUGGAAGGCCGUGCCCGCGGGUGUCGAUGUCUUGCUGGUCCAUGGCCCUCCCCUGGGCCGGGGCGAUGCGCUUCUGCCAUCCUUGCGGCGGAGGGGAUGCGCUGAACUUCUUUCGCAAGUGCAGGACCGGAUUCGGCCCCAGUUCUGCGUCUUCGGCCACAUCCACGAGGGUGCGGGUGUCACGUUCGAUGGCACCACUCACUUUGUCAAUGCUUCCUCCAUGAAUGAACACUACCAGUGUAUCCACGCACCGCUUGUUUUCGACAUUGGCACGACGGACGAGGAAAAAGUGAAGUAG